CGUACUCAACAUCGUACGUGCGCGUAUCCGAGAAACUGUGACCAAGAUGGCGUCUGUCGCCGGAUCAAAUGUCGUAGUUCCCCGCAAUUUCCGGCUUCUGGAGGAACUGGAAGAAGGUCAGAAAGGAGUUGGAGAUGGCACAGUUAGUUGGGGCCUUUCCAACGAUGACGACAUGACCCUCACUCACUGGAACGCCACCAUUAUUGGCCCCCCCAAGACUGCCUAUGAUGGCAGAAUAUACGGUCUAAAAAUCGAAUGUGGACCCAGAUACCCGGAUCAUCCUCCUCACGUACGCUUUGUGAACAAGAUCAACAUGGUUGGAGUACAUACAUCGAAUGGUGUUGUGGACAUAAAGGCUCUGACCUCCCUGUGCAGAUGGAAAAACAGUUACACCAUGCGUACAGUGCUCCUGGAGCUCAAAGAACAUAUGACAAUGAAAGAGAACUUCAAGCUUUCCCAGCCACCUGAGGGCCAAACGUACAACUGAUGCAUCUGCCCCUACUCCUCCCUGUCAUGUACAUGCACAGAGGCAUAUACACACACAAAUAAAUACAUACGUACGUACGCACAGGCACACGCAUACACCACAGCCCACGUCGUCAACACGGGCUUUCCCACUUUGGCUACACAACUGUCCUUCUGUCCAAUAUCCUAGACUACCAGCGCCCUCAUUUAAAACACCCCAUUGGAAGCGGGAGUAAUAGACAGGUGACUUCAUCACCCAGUGCCCAGUUAACCAUUUCGGUCUACAGAAGACGACCUGACUUUACGAUCCCCCCAAAAUACUGUGCAUUUUGUUUCUUUUGGGUUUUUUGUGUGUGUGUUAUCUCUGUGUCAUCAUCAAGAUUGUUAAAUAACCGUGUGCAUUCUUCAUGAUUGACACUGUUCUCUGGUUCCUCCGGUUAGGGAUUUAUAUCACUGUGCUGUUAAGUAAAACCCUGAGUGUUAAACGAGGUUCCGUUUUAAGACCAUUCCAAUUUCUUUUUAAACAAAAAAAAAAAAAAAAAAAAAACCCCACACUUUUUCCUCUUUGUCUGAACUAAAGUCCCAUGUAACAAAAACAAUACUUCACUGAGUCUGACAGGCUAUUUUAGUCUUCAAUUCGAUCCCCACUUCUUGCAAUCCCAAAGAUGUAAAUGAAUUGGGGCUUCUUUUAAGAAGCGCAUGUCUGGCUCACGGGAGUAGCGGAACUUCAGCAACUUGCGCAUCAACAAACGCACUGUAGGCUCAUCACUCGUGUGUGUCAUAUGGUUCAUAGCGCUUUGUGAUGGUGAUUAAUUCUGUGGGACGGGAGAGGGUUGGGUGGGGAGACCUCUGCAUCGAUCAGAGUUUGUGUUUGGCACUUUUCUGGAUCGCCAAUUUACAGUGGCUUGUGCUCACUUCUCUUUCUCUCGCUUUUUUUUUUUUUUUUUCUUCAUCUUUCUGGGGUUCUUUUAGUUUCUGGGCUGUUCUGUUUCACCUUUGUGUACACCCUGGAGGUAGUCAUCUUACAUGUAGUGAGUGCCCACUGAGCAAUGUAUGGCUUUGGAUGUUUAUUUUAUAACAGGAGAAAUCGAUCAGGGUGAUGGGGACCUGUUGCAUGGUUUUGUUUGAAUUAAAUGUUGUUACUUUUG